AUGGUCCACGUCAGAAUUAAUGAGCGCGAAACCAAUCCGAACCAGCACAUCAACUUCAUCUCCGUCCUAUCGGUCGGAAAUGCGGACUCGGAGAGCGAGGCACGGACGCUAAUGCGCGCGCUCGCUGCGCAGGUCAGACCCGUCAUGAAGCAGCACGGAUUUACUGUCAAUAGCUUCGAAGAGUACGAGUACAACAAGGUGUUCGCGGGACGUAACUGGAAUGCUGGGGAGAAUGUGGAGAUCGUCCUUCGCACCGCCCAUGGCUCCUUCGCGCCAUUGUCGUAUCUCAUGAGCACACUAUGCCACGAGCUCGCUCAUAUAAAGCACAUGAACCACAGUCCUGCGUUCCACGCCCUAUGGAGACAGCUCAAUAGCGAAGUGCGGGCCUUGCAGAAUAGGGGGUAUUUCGGCGACGGCUACUGGUCAUCCGGGCAAAGACUAGCAGACUCCGCAAGAGUAUCAGGCGAAGGCGUCUCCUCGGGAGACUUUCCUGAAUACGUGUGCGGCGGCGCGCACACAAAGUCCCGGUCCUCGACCCUCCGUCGGCGCCGACGAGCGCCCCGCGGCUUCGCCGGUCCUUCAGUGCACACGGGCGCGCAGACGGAGCGCAAGCGCAAGGCAGGAGCGCGGGUCACCUCGCGCGCGUUCGAGGCGGGUGGGCAGGCGCUCAAUGAAGGCGCUGAAGGAGAGGAGAAGAGCGCGGGGACGGGGUUCAGGAAACAGGCCGGCAGCAAACGCGCCAGAGAAGAACGCGCGCUCGCCGCCGAGCGUCGUCUGCAAGCUCUGCACGCAGGCCCAUCCAGAAAGAUCGACGUGAGCAUGACGGACGAGGAUGCCGAGAACGACAUGGAGCUGGUACCCGAGACGGACGAGGACAGGAAGCAGUUCAUGCUCGAUACGAUGGGUGCCGGGGAGGAUCUCGGCGCGCUCAAGUUCUCGCUGGACGACUACUUCCGGCCGAGUAGGGGAUCCGUCAAAACAGAGCCCUUAUCUAGUAGAGGCGGCGAGUGCGAUAGCGCACCCGCGAAGAAGCGUCAAAGAACCUCGAACGCUGACCCUGGGAGGGACGAUGAAGUCAAGCCCUCGAGAACCCAGCUCGAUCUAGCUGACGCGAUAUCAAGAAACAGCAGUUCUGCGAGGGUCAAGUCGGAAGAAGAGGAACUGGUCCGGAUAGCCAGUACAAAUCCGAAGACGAGCUCGACUCAGCGGGAGCGUAACCCGCCUUGGGCAUGCAACAUCUGCACGCUAGAAAACAACCCAGGCCACCUAGCAUGUUCAGUGUGCGGCACGCCAAAGGGCGAGACGACAUGGGCGGGCAGCGACCACACAUAA